GGUCCUCCCACUCACUCUUGCCUCUUGCCUCUGUUCUGGUCACUGUUAGUUAUUCAACAGAUCGUCUUUAGACACCGUUAGUGCUGCUGUUUUCUGGUUUCUGUGACAGGUGUGUGUUGUGAUGGAUCUGAAGGAGAAAGUGGCUGUGGUGACCGGAGCAGCUCAGGGUUUGGGCAGAAGCUUUGUCGAAAUACUCCUAAAAAACGGGGCAAAGGUGGCUUUAAUCGAUGUGAAUACAUCGCUGGGAAAUGAACUGAAGAGCACACUUGAUCAGGAGUAUGGACGGGGAAGGACUGAAUUUUACUCAGCCGACGUCACAUCAGAGGAAGAUUUUAAAGGAGUUUUUGAAAAAAUUGUUAAAACAUUUGGCCGCAUAGACAUUUUGUGCAACAACGCAGGAAUCAUCAAUGAAAGGAACUGGGAAAAAACUAUUGCAAUCAACCUGGGUGGAGUGGUCAGAGGAACGUAUCUCGCUCUAGAACAUAUGAAGAAGGAAAAUGGUGGGAAUGGAGGAGUCAUUGUCAAUGUUUCAUCUAUAGCAGGUUUGGGGCCUUUACCUAUGUUGCCCAUCUACACUGCAACCAAACACGGCGUGGUGGGAUUCAGUCGUGCCAUGGCAGCUGUUUCCAAGCUGUCUAACUAUGGGGUGAGGAUCAACAUUCUCUGUCCGUGGUUUGUGAAGACCAAUCUUCUGUCCAACUUGAGUUCAGAAGAGCAUAUCGGAGGUUUCUUUCAACUGAAGGGAAUUGCAGAGACAAUGAUGCAGAACAGCGGCUGUCUGGAGGCUGAUGCUGUUGCCAAGGCUUUCCUUGUUCUCGUUAAAGAUGAGAGCAAGAAUGGAGAUGCUCUGAUGAUUGAUCCUGACGAGGCAGCUUUUGUUUCCUUUCCUGAACAAGCCAAAGACUUCCCAUUAACUCCAGUCAGUCUCGAGUGACCUUUCAGCUUGGCUCUCAGUGUUUCAUCAGAGAUCUUGAUAUAAGAUCUUGAAUAAGGGUUUUGCUUUCAAAUGUGUUUAAAUGAAUAAGCUACUAACAUCAUGUGUGUGUCGAGAUUUAAUUUCAAUGAAAUGUUGCACCUUAAUUGCAAAUAUUUAUUGUAGUUACUAGUAUAGUGGUUCCUAGACGGGUUAGUGGUUUAGUAGUAAUAAAUAAAACACAAUACAAAUCGUGUUACUUGAACAAGCACUUGACAAAGAAGAACGCCGAAAUAGCCUGGAAGGCAAGAGACCUCAAGAAACAACAUAAAAUCCAAAACAACUGGGUAAUCAACUGCAAAAUUUUUAUCAAGUUGAAUUGCUCAGCGGAGGAAGAGAAGAUUCUCACCGUGAGACAUUUGGAGGAACUAGACAAGUGUCAGUGAAUGUAAAGAGUCAGCGCAUACUGUAUGCCUCCGUGAAUACAUCAAGGUAACUUCUGAUUUACAGUUGAA